CCAAACGGAACCUCCCACAACACUUCUUCACAACACCACCUUUAGCUAACUAGCUCCCCAGUUUCUUUACACACAAAAACACUAGUAACUCAUAAAAGAAGGCAUUUUUGCUUCAAUGGCCACUGUUGAGGUUCAAUCUGCAACUAAUACAUUCCAGGAGUCGAACAUUGAGGAAAAAUCAAAUGAGCCUCAGAAGGAAAUUUCAGGUGCAGUGGAAGCCAUAGCCAUUACAGAGCCAGCUUCUGAGCAGCCAACCAAUGAGGAACAACCCAAUGGUUCAACUGAUCAUCAUCAAGAACCAGAGCAAAAACAAGUAGAAGAACCUACAGCUGAGCCAGAAACCAAAGAAGCAGUAGCAACAGAAGAAACAACAAAAACAGAGGAAGCAAAAACAGAGGAGGCAACGGCAGAAGAGGCAAAAGAAGAACAAAAGGCUGAUGACCAAGAGGUGGCCAUUGAGGAGCCAACUAAAGAAGUUACAACUGAAGUGCCUGCAGAAGAAAAAACAGCAGAGCCAAUUCAAGAAGCCGCCGCCGCCGCCGAAGAGGCAAAGGGUGCAACCGAGGAGGAGAAGCCCGUGGCGGUUGAAGAAAAGGAAGAAGAAAGCAAGGGAGCUCCAACUGAGAAGAGUGAAGAAUGAAGAUGGUGGUGGUCUAGUUUGCUUGCAUUUGAACUUGUUAUGUUAGUUUGUUUGGUAUUUUAUGUUUGAGUGCUAGUAGUAGUACUUAGUAGAAAUAAUGUGAGUGAGCGGGCCAGUUUGAGGUUAGCUAGCUCACUAGUGCAUGCUUGGUUUGCUUGUUUAUGCUUGGUGUUCAAUGUAGAACAACUUUGUGUAAUGGAUUAAUUAAUAAACAAUAAGUUGGUAGGUAAUAAUUC